AUGGCCGCCCCCGCCGAUGUCACAGUGAAGAACCUCAACGGACAGUGGGUGAUGGACGCAACCCUGUCCAACCCCACCGACCCCAUCCUAGCUCUGCAAGGCAUGAGCUGGUUCCUCCGCAAAGCCCUUCCCUACGCCACUGUCACUCUGCACGUGAACGAGUACCCCGACUCGACCAACCCGCAGGUGUACCACAUCGACGUGGAACAAGUCAUCAGUGGCGGCAUUGCCGGCAGCAAGGAGACGCGCCAGCUUGACUGGCAGCAGCGUGACCACACCGACAACAUCUUUGGCGCGCUCAAGGGCCGUUCGCGGUUCAUUCGCGGUGCUAAAGGUGACGACGGCAAGGUUCGCCCGGCUGUCGAGGUCCAGACUAAGGUCGGCGAGCCGGAGGCCGAUGCUAAAGUGCAGCGUUUCCUGCGCGGUGAGAUCCUUGCCGAUGGCUCGGCUGCGGAUGGUUUCCUUGUUGACGAGGAGGGCGCUGAGUUCGGCGAGGGCGAGGGACUGUACAUGCAGAGCUGGGUUGUGAAUGAGGAGAGCGGCUGGACCGCUGAGCAGAUCUGGGGCUUUGAGAUUGUUGAUGGCCAGCGCCGCCACACUCGUCGCGUUGCUGUUACCAAGGGUACCAAGGUCGAGAUGGCACGACUUGUUUACACCUUUGAGGCGCGUCAAGCUGAGGAGUAA